AUGAUCACUCUAUCAUGGAAUUGUAGAGGUUUAUCACAACCCUCUACAAUUCGUAGUCUUAGGGUUCUUGUCAGGAAGCAUAAUCCUGAUAUUAUAUUUUUGUCAGAAACUAAGGCUGCUCCUUUUGUUACUACCCCGAUUUUGCGUCAACUGGGGUAUACUUUAAUGGUUCAUGCUCCUCCCUCUGGCUCGCAGGGAGGACUUUUGCUUGCUUGGAAACCGGAUGUAAAUAUUGUAACUUUCUAUGUCACUUGUAAUAUUAUAUGUGUUUGGUAUUAUUCGGAUGCUCUUCUUAUUAAAUGCUUGCUUACUUUUGUUUAUGGUCCUCCCUACAAGAAUCUUUGCCCAGCUUUUUGGACAGCUAUGACUAAACUGGGGAUCUCUUACACUGAUCCGUGGGUUUGCAUUGGGGAUUUUAAUUCCAUUAAUUCUCCUGAAGAUAAAUUUGGGGGUCGUGAUUUUGAUUCUUUCUCUCCAAACCUACUUACAGACUUUAUGGAUAGUUUUGGAAUGAUUGACUUGGGAUUUAGUGGUAAUCCGUUCACGUGGUCUAACCAUAGACAAGGCUCUAGUUUAAUCAAGGAGAGACUUGAUCGGGGUAUUGCAAAUUGUAACUGGGUUCACUACUUUCCAUCGUACUCGGUAGUUCAUCUUCCAGCUCAUAGCUCUGAUCACUGUCCGCUUCUUUUGACUACUAGUCCUCGUGCUCCUUCUCUCCCUCGACCAUUUCGAUUUGAAGAAUUUUGGACUAAGGAUCCAACUUGUGGUGUCGUUAUUGAAGAAGCUUGGUCUCCUUUUAUUGUUGGCUCCCCUUCUUACUGUCUGACAAAAAAGCUCAAGCUUACUAAGGAGGCUAUAAAAUUUUGGAAUCAGCAUUACUUUGGAAAUAUUAAAUCCAAGUUGGAUCGUACUCUUUUUUUACUUGAUGAGGUUCAACAGGCUCCACCCUCGGAUGCUAAUUUAGCAAAGGAGCUCCAUCUUCAAUCUUUGUUGGAUGAUUAUCUUCUUCAGGAAGAGUCUCUUUGGAAGACUAAAUCUCGGGAGUUAUGGCUUACGACAGCCGAUUUGAACACCAGAUUUUUCCACACUAGUACGCUUAUCCGUCGUCGGCGUAACUCUAUUUCUCUACUACAAACCCCGGGUGGGGGAUGGAUUUCUGAUCGGACUGAUAUUGGUCUCGCUUUCGUCGCUCAUUUCAAGAAUUUGUUUACAUCAACAAAUCCGGUUUUCUCCCCUGAAUUAGUGGACCUGUUCCAUCCAGUUAUUUCUGAGUGUGACAAUAAUCUUUUGUGUGCUCUUCCCAUUGAAAAUGAGAUUUUUGAUUCGUUGCUUAGUUUGGGAAAGGAGAAAGCUCCUGGUCCUGAUGGCUUUACUGCUUUAUUUUAUGUCAAAUAUUGGGACUGUAUUAAGACUACGGUGUUGUUGGCAGUUGGUAAUUUUUUUGCUUCUAACUCUUUGCUAAGAUCACAAAAUCAUACCUUUAUUGCUUUAAUUCCGAAGAAAUUAGGAGCCUCUGCUGUUAAUCAUUUUCGGCCUAUUAGUCUUUGUAAUAUUAUUUAUAAGAUUAUCUCUAAGUUAUUGGCUAACAGGCUCAAGCCCUUGCUAUCGAAGAUUAUCUCUCCCUUUCAAACUGCUUUUGUGCCUGGUCGUCAUAUACAAGAUAAUUCUAUUCUAUCUCAUGAGAUGCUGCACUCUCUCAAGAAUAAACGGGGCAGGGGUGGUUUAAUGGCUGUCAAUAUUGAUAUGGAAAAAGCCUUUAAUAAAAUGGAGUGGGGCUUCCUCAUGCUUAUUAUGGAGAAAUUGGGUUUUCACCCAAUUUGGAUCAAUUGGAUUCGUAUUUGUAUCUCCACUUCUUCAUUCUCAAUCCUGCUAAAUGGCUCCCCUUUUGGUCAUUUCAGGCCCACUCGUGGUUUACGACAAGGUGACCCGCUUUCACCUUUUCUAUUUAUUUUGGGUACUGAGGUAAUUUCCAGACUCCUUAACCAAAGUUUGCAAGGUUUUAAGAUAUCUCGGAGAUGUUUUCCUUUAACUCAUCUUCUGUUUGCGGAUGAUCUGAUGAUCUUCACUCAUGCCACCUCGUCGGAAGCUGGUAUUAUUAAGGAGUGUUUGACUAAAUAUAACCUUUGGUCGGGUCAGACGGUUAAUACGGACAAAUCUAUUAUUCUUUUUAGUGCAAAUACUUGUGUGUCUACCAGGGACAGUAUUCUGGAGAUUAUCCCUUACGCUGUGACUCCUAUUUCCGCCAAGCAUUUAGGUCUGCCUAUGUUUUUUGGACGUUCUAAACAAUCUUCCUUCUUGAAUUUCCUCCAUAAGGUCAAAGGAAAAAUAGAGGGUUGGAGAUCUAAAACUCUUUCACAGGCUGGCAAAACGGUGUUGAUUAAAGUGGUAGCCUCCUCUAUUCCUUCUUAUGCUAUGAGUUCUUUCCUAUUUCCUGACAUUCUUUGCCAUCGCCUAGAUUAUGCUUUCAGGAACUUCUGGUGGGGUUUUCCUCUCAAUAAAGCUCAUAAUCUUUCACUGAAAUCAUGGUCUUCGAUCUGUCUGCAAAAAGAUCAGGGUGGUUUGGGUUUCUGUCUAAUGAAAGAUAUUAAUGUCUCUCUUAUUGCCAAACUUGGUUGGAAGCUUCUGGUAAAUCAUGAUGCUCUUUGGAUCCCCCUCUUCAAGGAGAAAUAUAUUAAAUAUGGAACUCUGCUCUCUUGCCCGUUAAGCACUGGUUCUUAUAUAUGGAAUGGUAUUAUUUCUGUUGUUCCUUUGCUUAAGUUGGGUUCUUGCUAUAUACCUCAUUCCACAAGUUCUUUGGAUAUUUGGUUUUCGCCAUGGAUUCCUACUUUGCCCAAUUUCCAACCAGUGCCUCGAAUUCCGCGACUUUGUAUGGAUUACCCUUUGAUGAUUUCGGAUCUUAUUCAUCCACAAUAUUUGACUUGGAAUUUACAUCUUCUUACUUUUCUCUUUGACCAAGCUACAGUUUCAGAGAUUCUUAAGGUCUCUAUUCGAGGUAUGAAUGAUUCUCUUUUCUGGACAGCAUCGGCCUCAGGGGUUUUUUCUACAAAGACAGCUCUUCACUUAUAUUCUUCCUCUCGACCGCCACAAAGCUCGCCUGUUUCCUCUAUCAGUUGGAAAGGUCUAUGGAAAUUACAGCUGAAUUAUAGACUCAAACUUUUCCUAUGGAAAAUGGUCUGGAAUAUUAUCCCAACUAAGGAUCGUAUUGGGCAAUCUAUUGUUACUUCUCAGAGGGACUCUUCCUGUUCUCUAUGUUCUGUUUCAAAUGAUUCACAGCUUCACCUUUUUUUUUCUCCUGCCCUAUUGCGAAGGUUGUUUGGAGAAAUUCUUUUUGGCCACUGGACAUUACUGCCCUAUAUUUUUGCAAUGGUCGCCUGUGAUCGCAUCUGGUACUCUCGAAACAAGGCCCAUCAUGAUGGCUGGAUUCCAAAUGCCUUAUCAAUCUCAGCUGAUGUUAAUCGUUCUUCUCGGACUCACUUUCGGGCUUGGUCUAAUAAACUAUCUCCGGUACCCCAAGUUUGGACUAAACAUGCUCCUUCCUGCUUUAAAAUAAAUUAUGAUACUGCAAUCCGUCGAACUUUCUCAGCGCAAGCAGCCGUUUGUCGUGACUCUUCAGGUGCUAUUAUUCAUGUUUUGACGAGAAUUAGUCCACCUUGCACUCCUUUAUAUGGAGAAGCAUCUGCAUCUCUUCUUGCAGCAAAACUAUGCUCAUCAUUGGGAUUAUCCCAUGUUAUUUUUGAAGGUGACUCCCUGACAGUCAACCUGGCUAUCAAUAAUCCUUUGAUUACUCAAGACUGGCGUAUUGCGUCACUUAUCUCGGAUUUCAUUUCUACUAUUUCCCCCACUACUAGCUGGACAGCUAGAAAAAUCAACCGAAGUGCUAACUUCUGUGCCCAUUAUGUGGCUGAUUGGGCCGCGACUAGAUUUAUUUCUAGCUGCAUUCCCACCUCUUGUUUGUCCAUUCCUCCCUGUUUUGGAAUGGAUUUUUCUUUCUCUUUUAGAGUUCCUUGA